UUUACUAUAAAAGCCUCUCCAAGUUUGACGCAAUCUACAGAGGACAACAACGGCUGGCGACAACAUUCAAUUAAAAGUCGUGCUUCUCUCCGCUUCAUACAAAUGGCUUCUCCAACAGAACAUUUGGCUGCUCUACUCUUUUAUUCAAUCGACAUUGCUACUUGCACGUUUCCAGCAAUCGCGUUGCUCCUGUUUUCUGUAAUGAUCGUGGCUUGUUGCAAGAAGAAAAAGGAGGAAGUUCAGGCCGAGGAAGAGAGUCCAAAAAAGAAGAAACGAGACAAGGAGCGUAAGAAAGCAAAAGCUAAGCCGGAACCAGCAGGCGAGCCAGAGUGGAAGGUGGAAGAACAUCGAGAGGGACUCGGUGAGGGAGGGGCUUACCAAACGCUGGAUGACUUGAACUUGAACAAAGACAUAUUCUUGGAAGGAAAGCCAAACCAGCCGCCACAAGGACUCACAUUCAUGCAAGGAGGGAAGCCAAACCAGAUGCCUCGACAAGGAGGGAGGCCAAAUCAGAUGAUGCCACAAGCCGGUCGACAAACGGGGAGGCCAAUGCAAGCACCCGGUCCACCAUUUCAAGGAGGAGGAAGGCCAAGACAGACUCAAGUUGGUCCUCAAGAGAUAGAAGACGCACAUCGUGCUGGAGUUGGACAAGGACAAGACUAUCAGACGUGGAAUGCGUUGGACCAAAACGUUUUUGUCAACAAGAAUAAAGCGCCAUCUAAUCAAAUGACCAAAAAUGCGCCGACUAAUCAGAUGACCAAAAAUGAGGGAACUCCACGAGCAGGUAUUGGACAGGGUGCGGAUUAUCAAACGUGGAAUGCCUUGGAUCAGGUAGAGAGAGAUUUGUCAAGAGGAGUUGAUGUUUUUGCGGACAUUUCUUUCGGCUAACUUUCGCGGACAAAUUUUGCGGACAAAUUUUUACGAGUUAAAAAAAUCCGCAAAAAAUUUGCGGACAAAACAAAUCCGCAAAAUUUGUCCGCAAAAAUACCAACUCAUCUAACAAGUGCAUUUAAUUUUCUGACGUUGUCUAAUGCUUUUCUGUAUUUUUCAGAAUGUGUUUGUGAAGGGACGACGAUAAAUGCUCAACCAUUCUGCCUUGUUUGCCUAAAUCUCCCUAAAAGAACUUGAAUAGUCAGCUUGUUAAAUUGAUGUUUGAUAAAUUUAUGUAAAAUGUUUGUUGUAUAUUUUUGUUGUUUGUAUGUUUGUUUGUGUGUU